GCUGCCAAGCGUUGGCGAUUGGCAAGAUGUCGGCGCCCGGACAGGGAAGUGGCGGCAGGGACUCUUCAGGGGAGGCCGCAUCUAUCGGCCGGCGGAGGUGGGAAAUGAUGCGGGCCGGAGCGCCCGCUGGCGUUGUUUCGAACUACGGCCUGGACGCGGCUCGGCGACAGCUGAAGGUCCGCAACGCCCUCACAGGCCUCGCCAUCGGCGCCGUCGUGGUCGCCAUCUAUGGCUACACCUUUUACUCUGUUUCCCAAGAACACUUCCUGAAAGAGUUGGAGCUAGAGGCCAAAGCCAUGCAGGCCCAAGCAUCCAAGACCUCUGGCGACUGAGUGCCGGACACAAAUGGACUAUCUGGCCAGAUGGACAGACACAAGACCCAAGAUGCUGUUCCUUGGCCAUACAUGGGGGCAUUUCCUCAUGCAGAGGGAGGGGGAGGGAAGCAGUCUACUACAUUUGCUUGUAAGCACCUUUGUCACGGCUACCAUGAGGCAGUCCUCCAGUCAUUUCAGCUGUUUUUUGUGGAAUAAUAAAAGAGCUUUGUGAACCUGA